GUCCUUAGAUUGAGUCAGUAGGUCGUGUCAGUCAGGGGGUAGUGGUGAGGAGUGGAACCGUUGUUCGGUUGUGCACCAGACACCAUGGUUGACACCCAUAGUGGGAAGAGUACUGGCCCCUAUACCCAAGCUCAAGAGGAGCAAGCCCCCGCUACACUGAGAGAGAGAAGGGAGAAGGAGCUCCUCAAGCAAUCGAAGUUGAAGGCGAUAGCGGAGGAGCAGGCGGCGAAGAAGAAGAAGUUAGAAGAAGAGAUGAUGAGAUUUCAGAAGGAGAAGAUGUUGAAGUUACAACAGGAGGAGGAAGAGAAGAGGAAGGCUGCCGAAGAAGAAGCGACAGCAGAGGAGGAGGAAAUCGAAGAAGAACCCCUCCAAAGGAGACGCAUGGAAGAACGGGGGGAAAGCAGUGGCAAGGAGGGGGAAGACGCAUGGCUGGAGAAGAAAAUUAUCAUGAGUGGUUUUGACUGGGAGGGAAUGGUUGAUGACUGUGUGACAGCGAGGGUUGUCGUCUUGGUGACCAAGGUGGAGGUAGUGGUGGAUGAAGGCAGAGGUGUGGAUGAUAUGCUAGCGGAGAGGGGGGUGGAUGUGGAGGACGGGGUGAUUGGUGUAGACGUGGAGGCAGAGGAUGGGGGAAGGGUGGUCGCACCCGAGGUGUUGAAGGCCAGCAUACUAUUGUUGCAUGCGAACGUGGACAGUAGGCUGGAUUUCAUGCAGAACUCCUUGGACCAAAUCUUGGACCUUUUGCAAAGGCCAGGAUUACGGCCAGCAGCACAGUCGCCGUUGCCGUUAACGGCGAUGUCAGGCCCCUUCCCGGUACAAGCUGGCACACAGCCAAGUGGAACGUCUGCAGCAGCCGCACAGACUGUUGCUUCUUCUUCUUUUGGUCCAGCGGUGAUAGCUACACAAUCACCGCAACAACUUGUUCCACCACAGGGACAGCCGCAAGGUCAAUGGUACCCAAAGACCCCAAUGAAACCGCCCCUUGCCUUCUCCGGUGAGAAGAAGGACGAGGAACUCGACACUUGGUUGAGAACGGUUCCAAUGUGGGUAAGGGCAAAGAGGACGUUGCAGGAGGAGGUGACUACUGCUGCAUCUUACCUUGAGGGUAAGGCAGCCAAAUGGCUGGAUGGGAUAGUAGCGAAGGUGGGGUUCGGACGACGCAUGGCAGAUUGGGGUAAGGCCCUCACUUUAGAAGAGUUCUUGGUUAUGGUAGAAGCUCGAUGGCAUAAUCCGCAGCAGGCACAAAUUGCCACUGACGCGAUGUUGAGACUGGACCAGCGAAAGUACAAGUCAAUCAGAGAGGUAAUGUCUACCGUAGAGAACCUCAUCGUUGUUCCCGGUAUACGCUACGAUGACCAGGUCUUAUUGACCAUGUUCUUGAGAUGUCUGCCCGAGAAUCUCAGGACCUUACUGGCCAGCGAGGCACGCCUCGCGUAUCAUUCGUUUGAGACCUUCUCUAGAAAGGCCCUAGACUUGGAGCCUACUCUAGGAAGUGCUCAACCUACUCCAGUAGACGGGAGGAAGAAGAAGAGUCCACAGGAAUGGAAGAAGAAGGGUAGUAGAUUGAUGAUGGUCGAGUACGAUGGGACUCAAAUUGAAAUCGACGAACUUGUCGACCUGAUGGACAGUUCAGAGUACAACGGCGAGGAAGUCGCUGAGGGUAGCACCCUCGCCGCAGUAGUUAAGAUUAAGGCAGGUGGCCGAGUGCUGGCUCAGCAGGAUGCGAAGAAGUUGAGACCGAUUGAGUAUAUGAGCAAAAAGAUGCCAUCAAAGAAACUGGCAAAGUCCACCUAUGAAAGGGAACUCUAUGCUCUCUACAAGGCACUUGUCCAUUGGAGGCACUUUUUGUUGGGACGGUUUUUCUAUUUGAGAACUGACCAUCAGACCCUUAAAUGGAUCAAGACUCAACCGGCUCUUUCUGAUGCACUCAAGCGUUGGAUUGAGGUCAUAGAUCAGUAUGACUCCAAGCUAGAGUAUCUGAAGGGAGAGUACAACAAGGUUGCGGAUGCGCUAUCACGUAGAGCAGACUACCUAGGUGCGCUAGUUUAUGAGUUUAGUGUAUCUGAGGAAGUAACUCAAUCGUUGGUGGGAGCCUAUCAGGAAGACCCUGUCACGAUGGACAUCAUACGCAAACUUCAGGCGAAAGAUAAGGCCACAGAAGAUGAGUUUGUGAUGGUGGACGGGCUACUCUUUCUUGAUAAGGCCGGAUUUAAAAGAUUAGUUAUUCCGCCUAGUGAGCAUUUGCGCAGUUUAUUUCUAGGAGAAUGUCGUGACGCAACUGGACUCUUUGGCUACAAAAAGACGAGUGCCAAUCUAGUACAGCGAUUUUCGUGGCCCGGAAUGCUAGAUGAUGCAAAGAAGUAUGUGGAGACCUGUCAGGUCUGUCAGCGACACAAGCCGCGAACUCAAGCAUCGCUUGGGUUGCUGAAGCCCUUACCUAUCCCCGCUGGUCCGGGACAGAGUGUUUCCAUGGAUUUCAUGGACACCCUGGUGACCAAUAGGAAUGUCGAGAGGCACAUCUUUGUCAUCAUAGACCGAUUCACCAAGUACACUAGACUAAUUGUCAUGCGAGAGACCGCAAGGACUGAACACGUCAUCAAGUUGUUUAUGGACAACUGGUAUGAGAAGUUGCUACAGCAAGCUGUCGAGCACAUCAGGAAAUCUCAGCAAGCAAUGAUUGCUUCUGAGAACACACAUCGCCGACAGUCCUCAUUUCAGGUAGGGAAACGUGUCUGCGUCAAGGCUAGUGAGCUAGGACAGGAAUUCGGUAUCUCUCGAAAACUAAUGCCUCAGUGUUUUGGUCCCUGGGAAGUCCUCGACAUAGUUGGGGAUGAGAUGAAUGGUCCUUCCUAUGUUAUCCGUAUCCCUGGUCACUUGCGCACGCACCAUGUGUUUCAUGCCUCAAAGCUUGCACCUUUCACUGAGACAGAUCAAUUUCCUUCAAGGAGAUCAAUGCUGCCCCCAACCAUGGAUGGCCACGUGGACAUCGACGACAUUCUAGAUCAUAGAGACAUGCCUGUUCCCAGACCUCUUGGCAGAGGAAGACCUCCAAAACCCAAGAGAGAAUACAAAGUCAGAUUCAGUCAUCACACAGAUCCGAAAGAAGAUCGGUGGUUCACGAGAGAGGAACUGAUUGAAACAACACCUCAAGUGGUGGCGGAAUAUGAAAGACAGCUAAAGGGGAAGGCACCUGCGAAGGCCAAGGCAAAGCCACCAGCCCAGCGACCUACAGAAUCACAGGAGGCCAGUGCAAAGUCACCUUCGCAUUCUGGGGUAGCCAAGUCCAGGGAUGGAGAAGAGCGUAGUGAGGAUAAGGGAGGCAAAGGAGAAGAAAAGAGUGGCAAAGGAGAGCAUGAGGAUGGGGCGGAGAUGAAAGGGCCUUAUGAAUAUGAGAGACAUGUGGAGGUCACUUCUGUUAUUCGGCGAAUGAGUGAGCGGGAGAGAGAGAGGGACAGGGAGAGGGAGAUGGAAAGAGAGCGGGAGAGGGAGUUGGAAAGGUAUGAAAGGGAUAGGGAGAGGGCAAGAGCCCGAAGAGAGAGGGAAAGGGAGAUGAGGUUGAGGGAGGCGGAGAGGUUGUAUGAGGAGAGGGAGAGGGAGUGGGAACAGAGGGAGAGAGACAAAGAGAGGGAACAGAUAAGAGAAAGGGAACGAGAGAGAGAGCGUGAAAGAGAGAGGCGGAGAGAGAUUAAGGACCAAGAGGAGGAGAGUGAUGAUGAGUGGGGUCAUCGCAGGCGCUAUAGGGAUAGCCGGCUGGAAGAGGAGAGACGAAAGAGGCGAGCGAGAGAACGUGAGGAUGAUGAUGCGGAUCGAAGGAGGGAGGAGAUGGAGGUUGCUAAUGUAAAAAGGAGGAAGUUGGAAGAGAUGGAAUUGGCAGAUGUGAAGAGAAGAAAAGUGGAAGUUGCAAGUCCAUCUGAGUCCCAAAUGGCUUCCCCUGGGGCUCCACAAGGCCUGUCUAGGAAGGAGGUAUCAAUGGCGAGCAGAGUGUCUGAGGACAUUGAUGCGAUCAAGAAGGAAGGUCUGACAUCAUGCUCGAUUCCGGAACGCCCACAAGAUGCACGGCUGGAUGCAACUGUUGCCAUGCCUCAAACCGUGUGUCCAGGUCCAGCUCCAGCUGCAGUCCUGUAUCCAGCUCCAGGUGGUCCAGCAUCAUGUCCAGCUGCAAGUUCAGUUCCAGCACCAGGUCCACCUCCAGCCUUUGUCUCAGCCCCAGUAUCAGGUCCACUACUGCCAGUGGCAGCCCGAAUCCCASCACCCGCCGCAGUCCCAACACCCGCCACGGUCCGAAGCCCAUCCACACAAGAGGAGAAAUUGACAUUGAAGGAUGAAUUGUCAUCUUUGCCAGUUGCCAGCCCAGUCCAGCCUGGGGGUGAACACUCAAAAGUCUGGCAAAAUAAAGGAGCAGCAGUAACGAGCGAGGAGGUACCACUGACUAAUGGUCGGGUUGACCGAACAGAUAGGGAUGCUGCAGGAGAGUCUAAUGGAAUUGAGGCAAAGCCAAGCAGUGUAGUUGGACAAAAAAGGAUGGGCUUUGGGCUGGUUGGAGGCCCUGGCAAGCGUGCGGUGGUCCCAUCUGUGUUCGCAGGGGCUGAUGAGGAGUCCACCCAUGAGCGGAAGCUCCGUCCUCUGGUACCCCUAGAAUACACCCCCGAGGAGAUGCGAGCAGUGUCAAACUCAGUGGCUGAGGCUGCAGAAACGUCCAGCGGAAGAGUGCAUGCCAAUAUUGCUGCCGCAGCUGAGUACGCAAGGAGCAUAAGUCAAGGUGUUGCAGUAAUGGGUACAUCGUAUGCUGCCUCACCUGUUCCAUCCAGUGGACCUCCAACAACAAGUGGGAGGGACGACAAGAAGGACAGGUGUCCAAAUGAAAAAGAGAGGGAGAGAGCACGAAGGGAGAAGAAGGAUGAUAUAGCAAGCAGCGAUAAGGGCAAGGACCGCACAAAGAAGGAUCGAGGAAGUGGGGAGGAAAAAGCUGCAGAGCAGGAUGCCAACCAACGGAUGAAGUCACUGAUCGACAGUAUUCCGAAGACUAGGGACGAGCUUUUUGGUUAUCCGGUGAAUUGGACCUUGUAUGAUAAGUUUAAGUUGGCUGAGAAGAUGCGGCCGUGGAUCAUGAAGAAGAUCAAGGAGUACCUAGGGGAGGAGGAAGAAACUCUUGUUGAUUAUAUUGUUUCUCACAUGUGCCAACAUGUGUCCGCAGCAAGUAUGCUUGAUCUCUUGGAGUCCAUUCUGGACGAGGAGGCGGAGAUGUUUGUGUUGAAAAUGUGGAGGAUGCUUAUUUUUGAGAUCAAGAGGGCAGAAGUAGGGCUCACAAGAGCAAAGUCGUAGCCUGUGGCGAUUUUCAGGGUAUGGGAUUCACUAGCCAGGCCACAUGCAACCUGAUCUCUCGCCAAAGGGUGCCAGGAGAGAGGCCUCAUCGUGUAGUUGUUCGACAGCACGGAUAUGUCCCAUUUUCCCUGAGAGGCCGCUGUUUCUCCCAAAGCUAUGUGUCAUCUUUCAUGGUGGGUACAGCGUCUGUUUUGGGCCAUGUAAGUUCCACGAAUACCAUGCUUCUAUUGAGGUGCUUCCAGGCGUAUCCAAGCACUGUGAUGUUGUCUCUUGACUGCUGCGUGCCAGCCGCGCUUGGCUUAUCAUUCAACUGACAUGCAAAUGAAAAUUAGUCAAGGAU